GCGGAUGUGACGCAGAAGGUAAAAAUGGCGAACUUCGUCGAGGCGACGAACCAGCAGGAGUUUGAAGGCUUCCUCGCCAAGGCUGGUAAAUGUCUCACAGUGGUACAUUUCCAGGCGGAAUGGGCUCCUCAGUGCGGCCAGAUGAACGACGUAAUGGCAGAACUGGCCAAAGAACACGCUCACACCACGUUUGUGAAGAUGGAGGCAGAGGCGGUGCCGGAGGUGUCUGAAAAAUACGAGAUCUCGAGCGUGCCCACUUUUGUCUUCUUCCAGGGAGGCGAACAAGUGGACCGACUGGAUGGCGCCCAUGCUCCUGAACUCACAAAGAAGGUUCAGCGACUGGCGGUGAGCGGUGGCCCCGCUACGUCUACGCAAAGUGGACCCGCUGACCUGAACCAGCGCCUGAAGAAGCUGAUCAACGCGGCGCCCUGCAUGCUCUUCAUGAAGGGUUCAGCCCAGGAGCCCCGAUGUGGUUUUAGCAGGCAGAUCGUCGGAAUACUGAAGGAGAACAGCGUCCAGUUCAGCAGCUUUGACAUCUUGUCCGACGAGGAAGUGCGUCAGGGGUUGAAGACCUUCUCCAACUGGCCAACCUAUCCUCAGCUGUAUGUGAACGGCGAGCUGGUGGGAGGAUUGGACAUCGUGAAGGAGCUGGCUGAGUCCGGGGAACUGCAGAACACCUGUCCAAAAGCUGUGACCCUGGAGCACCGCCUCAAGUCCCUCAUCAACCGCAGCCCGGUGAUGCUCUUCAUGAAAGGCAACAAGGAGGCCGCGAAAUGUGGCUUCAGCAGGCAGAUCCUGGAGAUCCUGAACAGUGCAGGGGUGGACUAUGACACCUUUGAUAUUCUGCAGGAUGAAGAGGUGCGUCAGAGUCUCAAGACCUAUUCCAACUGGCCCACUUACCCGCAGCUGUAUGUGAAAGGAGAGCUGAUUGGAGGUUUGGACAUUGUGAAGGAGCUGAAGGAAAGUGGAGACCUGGCGUCGGUUAUGAAGGGCGAGUCGUAGAUCUUCAAUCCACGUGUGGAGAUGAUACCGAGAUGUACUUCUAACAGAAAAGAUCAGCUAUACAUGUGGAUAAUAUGUCCAUAUGUCAAAUCAUGUCAUUGUACUGCAGGAUAUAAUGGAAUACGAACGCAAUUCUCUUUUUAAUCUUGAGGUUUUGGGACCUUCUGUGAAACCGCAACUUAACUCCACUACUGAUGACUUGUGUGGUUCCUGCUCCUAAAUUCUGAUUAAUAAAUUGAACACCCUGCU